UGCGCUCGUCGUCGCCGUCGCCGCUGUCCAUGGUGCUGAACUCGAGCUCCAGGAAUGGUGGAGACGCUGAGUAUCGCAGUCAUCGGUGCUCCCGGAGUGGGGAAAACUUCUAUAAUCCGCCAGUUCAUCUAUAACGAUUUCUCAGAGGUUUACACGCCGACCAGGAGCAGAUAUGUGUACAGACCGUCCGUCAUCCUCAACGGAAACAUGUACGAGCUGAAGGUUUUGGACGUCCCGCCAAUCUCCUCCUUCCCGUCCAGCUCCAGUCAGGAGUGGCUGGACCUGCGAUGCAGAGGGGUUCGCAACGCCAACGCCUACAUCCUGGUGUACGACAUCUGCUGCGUGGAGAGCUUCGAGUACGUCAAGAUGAUCAGACAGCAGAUAGUGGAACACAGGGAAGGCAGUAGCAGUGAGGUGCCGAUCCUGGUGGUGGGCAACAAGAGGGACCAGCAGCGGCUGCGCUUCAUGCCUCGCAGAGCCGUUUCCGUGCUGGUGAAGAAAACCUGGAAGUGUGGUUAUGUGGAGUGCUCUGCCAAGUUCAACUGGCACGUGGUCCUGCUCUUCAAAGAGCUGCUGGGCAUCGCUGUGGCCCGGGGCAUGCGCCAGAACCACACCUCCAUCCGACUGCAGGGGGCGCUACAGAGGAAUCGCUGCACCAUCAUGUGACCCCCCCCCCCCCAGAGCUGCCUCCACCUCCCCCACACCUCACCUCAGGCAGUGGAGAAAAGACUUUUUUAUCUAAAUGGCUGGAAAAAUACCCCGUGGCCUCCUGCUUGACUGAGCUGAUUUUUCAUAAUGAGGUUUAUUAUCUUGCGCUGUAACAAAUAAUAUUAAAAAAAAUACAUUUUACACACACACACAGUCAUCCAGCCACUUCCUGGUCAAAAUCUGCCAAAUCCUUAAGGAGUUAUGUGAGGAAACAUGGUGAGCAUAAUUAUCAUAGUGCAGUUGUUUUUCCUCACAUUAACCAGUCAUUUUGAGGCUGUGAUUCCCAGAGUUACAGCUCCAGCAGCUGCAGGUCACUGAGGAUCGUCCUCUGACUGUAGCCGGGCCUGAAAUGAAGCUGUGUCUGUGAGACUCAACCUGGAGAAGCAGCAAUAUCGUCCAGUCUUCCUUUGAAUUUCAACCGCAGACGCUCGCCUCGCACACACAUGCAUACACGACAUGUUUGGAUUCAUUUACUCGAUGGAACACACACAAAGAGCAGAGUGGAGAAUGUGCAGAUAUGAUUAGAUUUUGUUUAAAAUUAGGACGUGAGAAGGAGGUAGCCAGUUUUUUCUUUCUUAUCUUUUUCUAUCUUUUUUCCCCCCCGUCCUCAUUCCAAACUUGGCCGUAGGGUAAAAGCUGUUUGUUCAGGCAAAGGGUGUUUUAAGGUUGUCCUGCAGCAGAGAAUACUGCAGUCCCUUAUCAUGAUGUACUGUGGGACUCUAAUGUGCUCUCUCCCCUCACUCAGUGUCUGCUUCUGAUGAAUGCAUUAAAUCUAGAGGAGUGAGGGUCUGCAGGAGGCUGGAAAACACUUAAGGCUGCAACCCGCAAGGUGGCAUUAUAUGUGUGUGUGUGUGUGCGUACUUGUUUUUGUUACCUCUUAGUGACCUUUUCUGGUAGUCCUAAUAAGGCAAAACCUCAUUUCUGAGGCUGUGGUUAAAGGUUAGUGAAUAGUGAUUAGGUUAAAGUUAAAGUUAGGGAUAAGGCUUUGGUUACUCUGUCCAAAUUAAUGGAAGUCAAUGUGUCCCUAACAAGAAUGGCUGUGAAAACCUGUGUGUCCAGAGGUGGAAAGAGUAACGGAAAUGUUCUACUCAAGUAAAAGUACCGCUUUUUUGAUAAAAAAUGUACUUAAGUACAGUUAAAAGUACUGCUCUAAAAAAUGUACUUAAAAGUUACUUAAUAACAAAGUUGGGGUUAUUUCUUGUGUUGUGCAAAAAGGACAAGGGGACACAAAUCUCCCAUGAAGUCCCAUAAAAAAUGGGUCAAAGGUCACACAUGCUUUAACUUUCUCCUUAAUUAGCACUUAGUUCACUGUCCUCAACAUUCACUGCCAAAGUUUCCCAUGCAUGAAUUUGUUUUUUAUUCUUUAUCAUUUGUUUUACUCAUUAACGAUGUGAUUUAAAAUGUAGUGAAGCACAACACAUCUUUGUAUUUAAAAAAUUCACAAAAGUACACAAAAAAACCUACUCAAUUACAGUAACGCGAGUAAAUUAAAUUAUAAAGUAAGUCAUUACUUUCCACCUCUGUGUGUGUCUGUGUUUGUUACUUUCCUGGAUAAGUGAUAAACUGACAUUCAGGCAAGCAAAUGACAGACUCUGCAAGAUAAGGUGUUUAAAGUGUUUAAAGUGUGGAUUGGGAUUAGGAAGGAGCAAUAAAACCCCACAGAGACGCCCUGAAUAUAUUACGUGUACCUCUAUUAUAUUAAAAAUGCCCCCAAACACAGUAGAUAUAACCCAUUUAAAAUCACAUUCUGCAGGAAGAAGGAAUUAGAACUCAAGGAUUCCUCAAAAAGGAACCACGAGUGCAUCCCAGACACACAGGGAAACCUUACUUAAGCUUUCAUUUCAGUAGCUUUAUAGUAUCUAAUUGGAAAUGUUGUGAGAUUAACUGUAGCUGUUUCAUUUGAUUAGGCUUCGCUGGAUACUUAGUGAAUACAGCUGCACUUAGAGUGAGCAGACCAAUUGUACAUAAGAGUGAUUUGUAGAGUGAUUUGCAUGCUUUUGUUGGUGAAAAAAAAAGAAAAGCCAACAGGUCAGGGUUUAAUUGCACUGAUGUGAAAUUGUGAUAUUGUAUUUACUUUAUAUUUUUAUUUUCUAGUACAUGGUAUUUCGGAGGCUGUAAUAAGCAGCCGACGAGAGUGAAUGUGAUCGUUUUUCACUGGCAUGUGAGAGCACAAGCUCAUGAUUCUCUCCAAGAUGUAAUGUUGAAUCUUUCAGUCAGGGCAGAUGGCCGUGUUAGGGUUUUGUUUUUUUCUUGUUUAAAAAAAAAAGAAGAAAAAAAGGAAGUCAAAUGUAGCAGAGAUACAACAGAAAGCAACUGUGUGUAGCAUGAGUUCUCAUUGGUUUCUUUGUGUGCGUGUUUCCAAAUAAAAAGGGCUACAGUUUUUUAUCAGAAACAUGACUUGUAUUUAUUUUUACCGUGUUAGUACUGUGAUUUUAUUUUGAUUUGGAUUUUUGGAAACAUGCUAAGUUAUUAAAAUGCAUUUGAGAACAACAACAACAACAUUUCUUUGCUCUUUUCUUAAUCCUCUGGCGCAAUUGCAACAUAUUGGAUCAUGUUUGACAACAUUGCCUCCUUGUGGUAGGACAAUGUUAUCAGGAGCCACAUCAGAGAUGGCUAUCGAAACAGGUGUCAAAGAAGAAUAAAAAGACGAAGAAACAUAUUCUAGUAAGUGUUUUUGCUUCGACUUGAUACUUCAUUGCAUGCAACAGCAUGUGAUGAAUGAACUGCCCAUAUUUGACUGGUGGUUCACUGA